ACGUGGAGGGGAGGGAGGGAACAGGUCCACGCCGUUAUUACACACAUACACACACUGGACGAGGUGGUUUGGUGAGUGAAGCCACGCAGUAAGUGUUGUUAGAGGUGGAUGAAGGCUGCUGACCUUUGUUGCAUUUGCAGAGCUUUACGCACGGCGCGUGGACGUGGAUCAACUUUUACGCACGGAUCUUUGGACGUGUUGGACUUCAUACAAGAGGACUGUGAUUUUCGUGGAGUUAAAAGUUGAUUGUGUGCGUUUGGAUUCACCUCACAUUGAUUGAUCCAUCUUCACCGUCCUCUCAUCCGUGGACCACAACGCCUCCAGGCACCUGCCCCGACCAUGGACAGAGUCACACACGUCUAGCCAGAGAGUGAGUCACUCCUGUGAGCCAUCAGCCCGGGAUCGGGAUUCUUCACUCAUCAACACUGCGCACUUAAGUGGGACUCAUCCAGCGAGGACCGGGGCUCGGUGAGAGUGGACGCCGAGGUGCUAAAUGCCCAGCCGGUCGCUGGCGGCUCCUCUGGCUGGGCGGCAACAUGAGGUCGUGGCUCCUGCUGCUGCUCUUGGCCGCGCUCUCAGCGACGAUCCUGAGGCUCGGCAGUGCUGAGGGCGAGCCGCUCCCUGCGUCGCUGGUCGACCUGGUGAGGAACUCUCCUAUCUCCUCUGUGGACGACCUGAAGAUGCUGCUGCAGCACGAGGCCGGUGCAAUAGAAGGAGAGGAUGAUGGCAAUAUUCUCACAAAUCAAACCCAAAGACGACACAUCAGAAGUAUCAUGGAGGCUGAGGUAGCGCAGCAGGCGGCGUGCAAAGUUCGGACGGAGGUGAUAGAAAUAACGAGGUCCAUGUUGGACCGGCGCAAUGCCAACUUCAUGCUGUGGCCGCCUUGCGUGGAGGUGCAGCGAUGUUCAGGCUGCUGCAACACAAGGCUGCUGCAGUGCGUGCCCACCGUCACCUCCAGCAGAUACCUGCAGGUGAUAAAGAUCCAGUACAUCAACAGGAAGGCCCAUUACGACAAAGCCAUCAUCUCUGUGGAAGACCACGUGGCCUGCAGGUGUCAGCCCUCCUCCUCCUCGUCUUCCCUUUCCGUCACUCGCUCACCCAACCCUCUGCCCAUCCCGCCCCUCCCUCGGGCGGCUCACCCAGCCCCACCCAAGCCCCACAGCUCUAAGGCUGACCUCCAUCGCCAUGACGACCUGAAGCAUAACCAGCGUCUUUACAACAGCGAGGAGCAGGAGUCGGUGGCCAGGCAUUGGCCGCAGGGGAGCUACACGCAACUUGUGCACUGGACGCAGCCCAGGGUGCACCACUCUUUUGUCAGCUGGCCGUCGGACGGCCGGUUGGAGCAUGGCGUCCUGGGAAGCCCUCAGCCUGUGGGCCAGGGCAGCGGACAUGACGUCAGCAGGGAGGAAAUCGGUGGCGAUGUGCAUCGGCAGCAGGGCUACAACCAGGACUUCAACAUGAGGACGCAAUAUCGACUCAACGCCCCCCAGUCGGACAGUGCCUCCCCGCCUGCCGACCCAACCCAAUCACCACCAACCCCGACCCCUUCCUCUUUCCCCAUUUCUACCAAUUUCAAAGAGUCAGUGACCAGCCAACCAAGUGUGCAGGCCACGCCCACACAUGCGAGGACUCUGACAGAACAUCACACAGAAAGUAGGCGGGAGGAAAGUGGCAAGCCGGCCACUGAGAGAGAGGACAAAUUCUUCAGACAGGACAUUGGAGAAGGUCACAUGACAGAAGAGGAGAGGAGGCAGAAGGUUCUGGAGGUGGUUCAAGGUGAACUAGACCGGCCGACACAUCUGCAUCCUCAUCCUCCUCAGCAAAGACCAAAGCCAGUUAUCUCCACAGCAGCCCCGCCCUCCAGCCGUCACACUCCCUUUAGACCGGCAUCGCCCCGUCGCAGGAGGAAACAUCGCAAGCGCAUCAGCAAAGCGGCCAUGAGAGCCAUGAUCAUGUAGAGUGGAAGUGCAGGGAUUUGUGAAGCAAAUCAAAGGCCCUCGGCCAGAAAACCAGCUCCAAAGGGUGUAUGGACACACUGGACAGAAACUGGAUACAAUGGACAGAAACUGGACACACUGGAUACACACUGGACAUAUGGGAUUCCUUCAUUGGGGACAAGUGUGAAUGGACGCUGGUGGACGAAACUAAAAAAUAAAGUGCAAUCUUGAUAAUUCUUCGAAGGAACUGUGUCACACUAAACACUGGAUUGACUCACUUUGGGCUCCAGGUCACUUUGAGGUGCACCCAUGGGUGUCCUCACCUCAUGACUGACUGAUGGGUGCUUGUGACUUGGUCUUGAACUGGACCUGAAGGACUCUAGACUGGGUGAGUAACUGGAGCAUUAAGGGUGCAUCUGCUGUCUAACCCUCUCACUUUGUACUACUGCCAUAUCGUAUAACAUGGACCUCCAAGCCUGGAAAGCAAGGGUGGUGAAACUGCGGCAGGUGGGCCAUUUACUGCCCACUAUGGCAUUUUAACCUGCCAAGCAAUUCUACAGUUCUAAAAAUCCCAAACACAUUUAACCCACAAAAGCUCAUCAUAGAUGAUUAAAAGCAGUCUUAAAGACGUGGCUUUUAGAGAUGCUGUGAGACAGUUAUAGCCAACAAUGUAUGUAAAAACGCUUUUAGUAAGUGGGUUUUAUUUCUUAACUUAUUUAAAAAAGAAAAAAAGGAGGACAACGAAGUCCUUUGGUUCUCAAGUGUAAUUAUUAUUAUAAUUAUUAUAAUUAUUAUUAUUGUUGCCGUUUCAGGUCAAAGGAACUACUGGUUGUACACUGUAACUGUCAUGAAUGUUAUUUUUCAUAGAAAAUAAAGAAAAGUUCAACAUACA